AAUAAGCCUAUGCAUGACUGAGACCAUUCGAGAUAAUUUGAGCGUAUUUUCUCGCCACUUUGUACGACAUUCCACGACAUUCCAGAUGGUCCCAAAUAGCUGACGCUGCGGUCCAAGUGGAUGAGUCAUCACUGCCACUUCACGGCACGACAACAGUAAUGUCACACAAUAACCAACUGCCGAGCCUCGGGCCCAUGCAUGGGCAGGUCCGCAGGAUGCUCCUGUGUGUAUAUAUAAGACCUUGUUCAAGUCAGGACUUGAUCAACAUCAUCUUCCGCGUCCUCAUCUAGUACCAAGUCUGCUCUAGCAACCCGCCUCCCUCGUCGCGUUAGUGAUGUCGUCAUCUUCCGGACUCUACAUACCCGUUCACCGACGGGCAUCUUCACCGAGUUCAAGUUCAUCAGGGGUUUCUUCACCAGCGAACUCAUCAUUACCGUUGCCUCAUGAUAGUUUGCCAAUCUACACGCCCUCAGACUUGCUACUAUUAGCAUCAUCGCCUCUGUCAAAGUUGUCGCAUGAGGAAUUGAGUGCCUUGCGAGCCGCGGCACCAGAAAUUGUACAGAGCCGCAGGCAGCGCAAAUCACACGAAUGGCACAUGAUCCAUAACCCCUCCUGGUCCGGGAACCCUCGCAGACGCUCUCAUUUCUCGUCGCGGUCACAUUCAAACACUUCUGAAUCAGAGGGGGAGGAACAGGGAUGGAGGAAGUAACACAUUGUAACAAGGCAUAUACCCAUCCGAAUCGACCAACUUCGUCGCUCGUUAUCAGUCGAUUAAAGGAUACCCCAAGAUCAGUGACAAUCACGUACACCCCUCAUCAAUUCUUGUGUAGAUCAGGACAAAGGACUACAUUUCCUUCUUCACCUUGGUAUCAAUCAGCUUACAUGUACACAUUCGUCUAUUGUCCUCACUUUGACAAGUUCCCUGUAGGUUACCGGUUACCCAAUGCUAACUACACAAUUAUUGUUUAAUUAGAAUUUAGAAGAGACUAUCAUAGUAGGCCCGCGUAUCAAUGGACACUCCUUCGGCCGUUAACUCUUCAAAUGUGAGCGAGGAUGACUUGAAAGCUAAAGGUGGGGUCCUUAGCUUGUGUGCAUUCUCCUGGCCUCCGGCCC